AUGGGCAAAUGCACCAGACCGGUAACGACUUGCAUCGACAACUUGGUGAGAGCCCUCUCGCCGAGCUAUGUGUCAAAAGUGGAAACUGACAGAUAUCGAGGACCAAUUGUUCGUCUGGCACCAAAUGAAUACAGUAUCGAUGAUCCAGACUCGGUUCAGCUCAUCUAUGGAAGUAAAGGGAAAUUCUGCAAGGGUCCUUGGUACGAGGCCUCAACGCCCCCAGGCACCUUGCACACCAGCAUCUUUUCCGACCCAAAUAUCGAGAGGCAAGCUCUGCAUCGGAGACGGAUUGCACAUGCGUAUUCCAUGACAACCUUGGUCCAGCUGGAACCUUUUAUCAACGACUGUACUUCCUUGCUGCGACUGAGACUGGAUGAGCUGGCGGCAACAGGCAUGCUCGUUGACAUUCCGCACUGGACCCAGUCCUACGCCUUUGAUGUGAUUGGGGCCAUUACAUUCGGUGUGAGGUUCGGAUUUCUGGACAAGGGAGAGGACAUCGGCGGCAUCAUGUCCGCUCUCCAUAGCACUCUGAUCUACGCCGCACGCGCUGGUGUGUAUGCCGAGUGGAGCACCGUUCUCUUCUAUCUGAAUGCCAUCGUCUCGGCACGGAGCAUGAAAGGGAUGGCGCAUACCUUGAGCUACAUGCAGAAACAGAUCGACGCUCGACUCGACGACAAAUCUCCCAAAGCAGAAGUAACUGACGACGACACACCCGUUGACUUUAUCACCAGAUUCCUGCUCCUCAGGUCAGAAAGCCCGGAAAGGGUGGACAGACAAGCCAUCGAGACGUCGGCGCUCAACAAUCUUUUCGCUGGGUCCGACACAACUUCCAUCAGCCUCUGCUCGGUCAUCUACCACGUAUAUCAAAAUUCUCGGGUUCUGUCGCGUUUGAGAGGUGAGCUGGACAACGCGGUCAAGAGCGGCGCCGUGGGGGAGCCGAUCACCUACAAACAAGCGCAGAGUCUGCCUUACCUGCAAGCUGUUAUCAAAGAGUCCCUCCGCUGUCACCCAGCCGGCGGACUGGCCAUGGGACGGGUCGUUCCCGCGGGUGGAGCUGUCAUUGCAGGGCGGGUUUUCCCAGCUGGGACUGUAGUCGGGAUCAACGCAUGGGUCGCGCAUGCCAACAGAGAUAUCUUUGGCGAGGAUGCCGAUCAAUUUCGACCAGAGAGGUGGCUAGAAGACCCCGAGGUGGUCAAGCACCGAGACGCCUAUUUCCUCUCGUUUGGAGCCGGGACCCGAAGCUGCCUGGGCAAGAAUAUCGCCUUGCUGGAAAUGUCAAAAUUGAUUCCAGCACUGGUACGCCACUAUGAUUUUCAGCCGGAGCACCCAGGACGGAAGCCGAGAACUCAGAACGACUGGUUCGUGAAGCAGGUUGAUUUUCGAUGCCAUGUAACCCCACGUGUGGUUGCGAACUAG